AUGCUUUUGAAACUAACGUUACUUUUCGGUUUAGCUUGUAUAGCAUUCGCGUUGUAUGAUGAAGAAAAGGAUACGAUUAUAACAUUGCCCAACUUGGGUUCGAUACAGGGAAAAAUUGUUAAAACUGCGUGGUCGCAGAGAGAAGUGUUACAGUUUGUUGAUGUUAAAUAUGCUGAAGCACCUUCGGGAAAAAAUCGAUUUAAGCCACCUCGUCCCGUCGAACCAUGGGAAGAUGUAAUGGAUGCAACUGCUGAAAAAAUUGGUUGUCCUUCAAUAGUUUCGAUGGAUUCAUUGCGAAAACUAGAUGAUUUAAUCGAUAUUGAAGAUUGUUUGUCCAUGACCAUCACAACACCAAAUGUGUCUGGCAGCUAUCCUGUAUUAGUCUACAUACAUGGAGAAUAUUUGUAUGAGGGCAGCAACUCGGAAGCUCCACCCAACUAUCUGCUGGAAAAAGAUAUUGUUCUUGUAGUACCGCAAUAUCGUUUGGGUCCAUUCGGUUUUCUGUCCACAAAAACGGAUGAAAUUCCUGGAAACGCUGGAGUUUUGGACAUAUUUUUGGCAUUGCAAUUUAUUAAAUAUUUCAUAACAAAUUUCGGUGGAGAUCCGGAGAAAGUGACCCUAGCUGGUCAAGUGGGUGGUGCUGCUAUUGCACAUUUAUUGACGUUGUCACCUAAGGUUGAGAAGGGAUUGUUUCAUCAGGUGAUAUAUCAUUCCGGUUCAGCUUUAAUGCCAACAUUUCUGGAGGAAAAUCCAAGAAAAUUUGCCCAAGAAAUUGCCGAAAAGGGUCAAUGUAAAAUGAAAACCGUCCGAGAUUUAAAUCAGUGCCUGAUGGAUAUGUCGGCUUUAGAAUUGCUAGAAGCUUUUAUGACACAUGGUAUUGAAAAAUCGGACCUGGGUGUAGGUCAUACUGGUGGUAUACAAUUCACUAUAGGAGGACCAAGCGGCGUACUGCCAGAACAUCCAUAUGACUUAAUGCUUAAAUCGAAUAACUCCUACCCAGCAAUGGGUGGAUGUCCGAAAAAUGCUGGAUCUAGAACUCUUAAUGAGAUCGUUGAAAAUGAUUGGGAGGGAAAUAUACCGGAAGAUACUUACAACAGCUAUGACUUUAUCGAUCAUAUUAUCCGCCAGGUAGUGGGUACUGACAAAACCAUGUUAUUGACCAGUUUUGUUACACAUGAUUUCUUUAAUAGAAGACUUAUGGAAAAUAGCACAUUCGCCACUUUAAUACCCAGAUUGAUAGAUGUGGCUGGUACACUUUUACACAAACUACCAGUUUUAUUAGCAUUAAAUAUGCACAAUAAACAUGUGCCCGAUAAUAUUUUUCUCUAUUCCUUCGAUUAUUCCGGAGAAUUUAAUCGUUACCGCGACAUGGAUGAGGAGCAUAACAUGCAGAGUCCCUUUAAGGCUGGUGUUUCUCUAACAGAUGAGGCUUUAUACUUGUUCCCCUAUCCAGAGCAUGUUGAAAAAUUGAGUCCACCCGAUCAAUCAAUGGCGAAACGUAUGGUGGAUGUAUGGUCAUCAUUUGUAAUUAAUGGCCAUCCUUUUGGAAGCCACCGUAGCGGGUAUUGGCCUCCCAUGACAACCUUGUAUGGACCAUAUUUAAAACUAGACGAAACCUUCACCAUAGCUGGUAAUUACUUUAAAGAAUUUUCGGUCACUAUCAUGGACGAAGAGGCUGGCCACAGUUUAAUAAGAGAGGUUUACUACUUAAGGCGUAACUAUAGCGACAGGCAACAUCAACAGAAACAGAAACACCGAUCAAAAACAUUAAAUUUAAGAAGAAAAUUCACCAUCAAUCGUGUUAGACCAACUCGUAGGGUAAACAAGAAUACGUCAACAAGUAAAUCGCGAACCAAAAAUAGUAUAGUAAGACGUCAUCCGAGUAGAAAUAAAGUAAUAUUUAGAUACUAA